AUGAAUGAGAGUAACUAUCAACGAUCACUUGCCAUUCUCAAAGCCCAAGCCGAAAAGAUCAAAGCAAGUAUAUCUGCUCAAGAUCCAUUCUGUCAAUUAUUAGUGAAAGAUCUUGAAUAUCGCUAUCCAUCAGAACGCGACUACCGUUCAUCGCAUCACAAUACUUACAUGCAACAUUCAUCGGAACGAGCAACAGGUCAUCCACUUUCAGCAACAACAGAUUUCACCCAUUUACGUCCAACAACAGCAACCACCGCCAUACGUUCAGCAACAGCCACCACUCCCAUACGUUCAGCAACAGCAGCCGCCCGCUUACAUUCAACAACAAUGGCCGCCCUUUUACGCUCAGCAACAGCAACCACCUCCUUACAUUCAGCAAUAUCAACCGCCUCCAUACGUUCAGCAACAACAGCUCUCUACUCCUCCCAGUCAAAAUUUACUUAA